AUGGGCCCGACAGCUGUUCUGGAGACAUUUGGAUGGACUCGUCCAGUCAAUCAAUGCACCAGAACCUUCUUCUUCUUUCCUCGCUUUGCGGCGACUGAUAAAUAUGCGGACGCGGGUAGCGGCAGAUAUGUACGCGAGACGACGCCCCUCUCCCUGUACAGAGCUAACCCAGGCGAGAAGGCGGCUGUGCCGCCGCCUCCGCUGCCUGAGGGCCCUCACUCAGGCUACCUGGUGAUCCAAGACGAGGAGUACGAGGCCCAGUCUACCUGCUGCUGGGGACUGUGCCGCAAUCCGUACCUCGUGGAGCUUCCCUUCCCUCAGAACCGGCUACUCAUCGUUGAGUACUCCCACAUCGUCGGCGAGGGCAGGCAUAUUGACACCGACCACGUCUUCUUCGUCCCCGUUCCAGGCCACCCAAUCUCGGCCAACCGAUACUACGUUGUCCUCGCGGGGGGAAAUCACGCCGGGUAAGCCUCUAACAAGCAAAUCUGUCCACUCCCGGCAGAUCCGUGUGUUUUUCGAUUACCGCGUGAUCUUGAUCUCCGUGCCCAUCUACCCUCAAGGUAGCUAGAUCCCCUCUCUUUGAUCAAGAGCGGGAAAGAGAAAGGUUCCUCAACGAAGGGGGAGAAAUCCCGACUAAACCAUAGGUCGUUGCUCUCUUAUUCGACAGGGAGAUAUGCGCCUGCUCGCGAGAGCAAGACAGAACCACCUUCUGCUGCUGCUUCUGCGUCCAUGACGUCAAGCCCAGGCCUUUCCGCGAGGGCGACGUCUACCAGGAAGUCGAGGUGAUUCCCCACCGCCGGAAGGGAGAAUUCCACGCCAGGGCCAUCGCACCCGACGGGAUCCCCCCCUUGUUCCUGAGGCAGCAGUGUUGGACCCUGCGCAGGUCCCUUCCGCGCGAUUCCAGGGUUGACAUCGGGUCCGCCUCCGGCGUUGACCGGGCUCUCCGAGAGAAGAGGCCGGACGUUAGCUUCCCGAUCGCCGGCCCGUCGUCCGCCGCCGUCCUCGUCGGAAAAUGGUACAGUCCCUUCUUCUUCACGAAGGAGGAAUCCCGGCACAAGGACCAGAUGAAGAGGUCCGUCUACUACGAGGUGACCCUCGAGCAGUUCUGGGAGCCCAUCCUCACCAGGGAGAAUCCUUCAGGAGCAGGCGGGAGCCGACGAGUGGAGGUGAAAGCUACAGUCCAGACCGAGUCGGCGUUCCUGAGCAACGGGGAGCCCGUCGGGGAAGAGCUCUCACAGCCCGACGGAUUCGUCUUGUUUCGGCCGGCCGAGUCCGGAUCGGGGGCGGUGGCACUGAGUUCUACCUUGAUGGAGAGGAUGAAAUGGGAGCUGGCCAGAGGGAGCUGGGUACCCGGGAAAGACGGGGUGGAAGUGGUGGACAGGGAAGAGGAGUAUCAAGACGGCGGCGAGUGGGCGGCGUUUGGGUGCUACCUCCUGGUGGAGAGGUUCUCGUUGAGGAGGCUGGACGGCAGCCUGGUGUUAGCACGCGAUUUCAGGCACACCGACAAGAUCAUCACCAAGUGGGAGUGA